AGAAAGUGAAAGCUUGCGAGGGUACAGGACACAGCUUCUCACUGACGUGCUGCAGAUCUUUGCGGGACUGGAACGACCCUCUGUAUCAGUCACAGUCCUAAAUCAGGAUGUCGGUGCAGUUCUCUGGCUGGGAGGUGGUCAGCGAUCGUGCUUCUUCUCCUGGUGUGGAGCUGGGGCCUUCUCAGAAACCCCAAAAACGGGGCAUAUACACCAUGUAUCAUGGGACCAGCACUGCUAGCGCACGGCUCAUCAUUGCCAAUGGCUUUAAGCAGUCAUCAGGCGGCAUGCUGGGAAAAGGCGUGUAUGUCAGUCGUGAUAAGAAGAAGGCGGCUCAUUAUCCAUUGAACAGUCAGAUUACAGACCGGGUGGUCCUUGAGUUACGUGUGCGUCCCGGCCGUGUCAAGCGUAUUGACCAGGACAACCAUCCAAUGCAAUUGAGCUGGCACGCAAAUGGCUACGACACUGCCUGGGUGCCCCCCAACUGUGGCCUGAAAGCUGUGCCCAGUGGCCUGGAAGAGGAUUGUGUAUUUGACCCCAAAAGAGUGGAGGUGGUCACUUAUGAUGAUGACUCUCCUCGGGUGGAGCUCGCCUCGUCUCAGGAGCCCAAAGACCGUGGGGUCUACACCAUGUAUCAUGGGACCAGCGUAGCCAAUGCGCGACUCAUCAUUGCCAAUGGCUUUAAGCAGUCAUCAGGUGGCAUGCUGGGAAAGGGCGUGUACGUCAGUCGUGAUAAGAAGAAGGCAGAGCGUUACCCACUUGAUAAUAACCCAUCAGACCGGGUGGCCCUCGAGUUACGUGUGCGUGUUGGCCGUGUCAAGCGUAUUGACAAGGACAACCAUCCCAUGCAGUACACCUGGAGCACUCAGGGCUACGACACUGCCUGGGUGCCCCCCAACUGUGGCAUGAAAGCCGUGCCCAGCGGCCUUCAGGAGGAUUGUGUGUUUGACCCCAAAAGAAUAGAGGUGGUGGGCAUUGCAAAGGCACCAAACAACAUACUGGCAGAGCUUCAGCAGCUUGUAGCUAAUCGUCUAAGAGAUCCCAGCAGACGAGAUGGUGCAUUGGAUGUGUGCUCACUGUGCAAGAGGAAAACCCAGCAGGGUUCACCGCACAUCAAGCAACAAAUGUCAGUGACUUUCUUCGGCUGGGAGGUCACUUAUGAUGAUGACUCUCCUCGGGUGGAGCUCGCCUCGUCUCAGGAGCCCAAAGACCGUGGGGUCUACACCAUGUAUCAUGGGACCAGCGUAGCCAAUGCGCGACUCAUCAUUGCCAAUGGCUUUAAGCAGUCAUCAGGUGGCAUGCUGGGAAAGGGCGUGUACGUCAGUCGUGAUAAGAAGAAGGCAGAGCGUUACCCACUUGAUAAUAACCCAUCAGACCGGGUGGCCCUCGAGUUACGUGUGCGUGUUGGCCGUGUCAAGCGUAUUGACAAGGACAACCAUCCCAUGCAGUACACCUGGAGCACUCAGGGCUACGACACUGCCUGGGUGCCCCCCAACUGUGGCAUGAAAGCCGUGCCCAGCGGCCUUCAGGAGGAUUGUGUGUUUGACCCCAAAAGAAUAGAGGUGGUGGGCAUUGCAAAGGCACCAAACAACAUACUGGCAGAGCUUCAGCAGCUUGUAGCUAAUCGUCUAAGAGAUCCCAGCAGACGAGAUGGUGCAUUGGAUGUGUGCUCACUGUGCAAGAGGAAAACCCAGCAGGGUUCACCGCACAUCAAGCAACAGUGCUGGGGAUGUGGGCAAAACAUCUGCCCUCUCAUGAUCAAACACGUCUGUCCAGUCAACGACCUGCAAAACAGAAUGUCAGUGACUUUCUUCGGCUGGGAGGUCACUUAUGAUGAUGACUCUCCUCGGGUGGAGCUCGCCUCGUCUCAGGAGCCCAAAGACCGUGGGGUCUACACCAUGUAUCAUGGGACCAGCGUAGCCAAUGCGCGACUCAUCAUUGCCAAUGGCUUUAAGCAGUCAUCAGGUGGCAUGCUGGGAAAGGGCGUGUACGUCAGUCGUGAUAAGAAGAAGGCAGAGCGUUACCCACUUGAUAAUAACCCAUCAGACCGGGUGGCCCUCGAGUUACGUGUGCGUGUUGGCUGUGUCAAGCGUAUUGACAAGGACAACCAUCCCAUGCAGUACACCUGGAGCACUCAGGGCUACGACACUGCCUGGGUGCCCCCCAACUGUGGCAUGAAAGCCGUGCCCAGCGGCCUUCAGGAGGAUUGUGUGUUUGACCCCAAAAGAAUAGAGGUGGUGGGCAUUGCAAAGGCACCAAACAACAUACUGGCAGAGCUUCAGCAGCUUGUAGCUAAUCGUCUAAGAGAUCCCAGCAGACGAGAUGGUGCAUUGGAUGUGUGCUCACUGUGCAAGAGGAAAACCCAGCAGGGUUCACCGCACAUCAAGCAACAGUGCUGGGGAUGUGGGCAAAACAUCUGCCCUCUCAUGAUCAAACACGUCUGUCCAGUCAACGUCUGAGGGUGCAAAGGCCUGAAAAACACCACUGUUGUGAAACAGAUGGAAGGAUCUGCAUCCAUAUGGCCUUCUUGACGUGGAGGGAAAACUAAAGCUAAAGUUAUUGAAAGAGUUCAAAUUCUCAUGGAAACAAGACUCAAAGUUUCUAUUUUUUUUCCUUCUUCUCCAAAUUACUUUCCUUUCCUUCCAAAAAUGAACUUCUGUUACUGGUGCAACAUGCUGCAAUAAUUACUGCUGAGCAGGUCUUGAUGAUCUCUGUGUGUUAUCUGUACGGUCCUUUUGCAUUAAUUGAAGCACUGUUGAUGGAUUUUUUUUUUUUUUUACUCUAUUUGUGUUAUACUGACAGAUCAGCAUGCAUUAGGACUAUUUGCAAUCAAGAUGAGACAAUCUUUAAAUAAUGAGCAAAAUGCUUUUAUUUCAGCCUGAAUGUGGACAUGUGAUAAUACUUGAUAUUGUUUAUGAAUUUGAUUUAUUGAAUUUACUUGAUUUCCUGAACACUGCAUAAUGUAAAGCCAAAGAAACGUGCAAAGCCAAUAAAUGUAUUUCUGAUUUUAGA